AUGCGUCUGUCAACUAUCCUCACCGGAGCAGCCCUGUUCUCCUCCUCACAGGCUCUCAAUAUCCUCCUCAAUAACGAUGAUGGAUUCGGCUCUGGCAACCUUCGUGAGAUGUACCGUCUCUUCAAAGAAAAGGGCCACAAUGUCUGGCUCGUUGCACCAGCCACCAAGCAAAGUGGCAAGGGUGGUACCUCUGAUUUCACCGCCGAGGGCAAUUUGACUGGUCCUUCUCAAUAUGACCUCAUUCCCAAGGGUGCACCAUCAGUUGGAAGUGAUCCCAAGGAUAGCCAAAUUUGGUACUACAAUGGCACCCCUGCGGCAUGCACAUUUGUUGCUCUCGACUAUGUGCUCCCCCGAUAUGCCAACUUUAGCGUUCCCGACCUUGUGGUAACUGGUCCCAAUUAUGGUACCAACCUAGGUGGUUUCGUUUGGACUCUAUCCGGUACCGCCGGCGCUGCAUACGCUGCCACAAACCGUGGACUUCCCGCCAUUGCAAUCUCAGCAAGCAACCAAGAAGUCCCCUACUUCGACGUCAAGAACCGCACCAACCCGGCUACUUGGGCUGCUCAAGCCUCUGUCAAAUUCGUCGAGAACUUCAUCGCCACUGCUGGCAAGAACGGUCCUCUCUUGCCCAUCGGCUACGGUGUCAACGUCAAUCUCCCCGUGCUGACGGAAAAGGACCAUGAUCCCGAGUUCGUGCAGACACGGUUCACAGGCAACGCGCACGUUAACGAAGCGGUCCUUGAUCCCAAGAAGGGAACGUUUACGUGGGCCAACAUUAAGCCUUAUGCCGCGGGUGUGAAUGCUUGCAUCAACGGCAACUGCUCGCUGCCCGGUGAGACGUAUGUUGUCGAGAAUGGAAAGGCGUCUGUUUCAUUUUAUACAGUUGACUACAGUGCUCCCGAGACAGAGUACACCGAAUCACUUAUCGACCGGGUUGCUUCUUUCAUUGGGAAAAAAUAA